AUUCUUCUUGCUUUACACUGGUCCUCCUCCCAUCGUGCCAAGCGAAGCUAGUCGAGCAUCACCGCCCUUCUACCUUCUUUUUAUCCUUUCUGUCUUUCCCCAUUUCUGUAAUUUUUUACCCCUUCCGAAUACCACCUAAUGCAAAGAGCGUCUUUUUUCCGUUUCCCACAUUUUCCCUUCGAUCGCAAAGCCCUUUAUGUUUUAUUUUUUUGUUUUUGCUAGCCGCCAGUGUAACGCGACUACCAAAAAAAAUAAUAAUCCAGUGUCGCUUAUGUUGACGCCAUAUGUGUCACCAAUUUGAUCCUCCUUCGCCUUUUACGCGUGUUUUAAAAUCGGCAAAUGUCCUCCUCGUUCCGUUACUACCCUCGGUAGCAUUUUAGAAGGCGGCGAGCAUCAGUCGGGUGGACGACGAGCUCCCAUGCUACUUUGCGCACCGCGCAUCUACUCACCUUUGCAGGACAACCUUCCACCUCCUACUCUCCUUCCUCAGAAAUCAUCAGUGGCCUUAAACUAAAUCAUCCGUCCUCCCCUUCGGCCACCCUUGGAACGGUCCUCAUUCUCCUGUCCGUUCCUCACCAUCUCGCCCAGCUGUGGCCCUCACAGGGCGCGACCGCUGGCACUCACCUGGAAGGUCCUUGGCCUCAGGACGACUGCCAGCACCAACACCUUUCCUACAUGAGGGACAAGGCCACACAGACCCCCAGGGCCUGGGCAGAUGAGAGGAGGCGUGGUUCUCACAAGCGUUCGGCCUCCUGCGGGAGCACCGAUCAGCUCAAGGAGAUCGCCAAGCUGCGUCAGCAACUCCAGCGCAGCAAGCGGAGCAGCCGUCAUCGGCGGGACAAAGAGCGCAAAUCACCCUUCAAUGGCAGCCAUACCAUCAUGCAGUCGCAGGGGCCCAUGCCCAAGACCAUUUUGAUCCCCAUCCCCAUAGCCAAGUCCUCCGCUCCUCGUUUUCGCAACAGUGUGGAGGGUCUCAACCAGGAGAUUGAGCGCAUCAUCAUUCGGGACACCCCCGAGAAGGAUGAGGCCAUCGCUCCACAGGACGUUCCGGACGGGCACCGCGCGCCACCUCCCGUCCCACCGCGGCGCAGCAGCAGCACUCGCAGCAUCGACACGCAGACCCCCUCGGGGGGCGGCCUGAGCGGGAGCCACAGCAACAGCAGCAGCCGCCCCGACUCCAUCUCACCAUCCUACCUCACCGUCCUCAACGACGCGAUUGGCGGCGGCGGCAGCCCCUAUGAGGACAAAGAGCUGGGCCCCUGCUCACCGCUGCCAAAAUACGCCGCCUCUCCGCGGCCCAACAACAGUUACACGUUCAAGAGAGAACCUCCAGAGGGUUGUGAGAAAGUCAGAGUGUCCGAGGAGUCUCUCCCCAAAAGCCUACAGCAGGUCCCGCUGUUUCUCUGUCCCGACCGCAACAAGGUCAACUUCAUCCCCAACAGCGGCUCCGCCUUCUGCCUCGUCAGCAUCCUCAAGCCCCUGCUUCCGGCGCCGGACCUUAACUUUCGCUCCGGAGUGGGCCUGCGCAGUCUGUCCCCGUCGCUGGUGCCUCUGUCCACCCAGCCCUGCCUCCUGGAGGAGCCCGAGAGCUUCUAACGAGCACCUUCAAGCUCGGCAAAGAAGAAAAUCAAAAAGGCCUUCAGCAUGCUAGCUCUCUGAUGUCUUUGGUCAAAUGACGCUGCCCACUGCCUCGCCUCCUCCUCCGUAAAACCGAUCUCAUUGCUGUCUUAUUGUUUUGAAAGGAAAAGGGCAUAACAAUUUUUACCAUGACGCCUUUCCACAGACAUAUCUUUUUUUGUAUCUCUACUUCUUUCUAUUUAAUAUGCCUUCCACUACAAAAGACCAUGGUGCUGCCAGAUUGUAGCGAAACUUGAAGGGUUAAAAGUAAAAAAAAAAAAAAAAAAUGUGCCUGACAUUUUUGAAGACAGUACUCCAUUUCCCAAAACUGAUGUAGCGCCUCCACCUUUUCCUUAAAGUUUCAAGGGGGCGGUGCCAACCAAAUUCUUACAUUUAGGCCAAAGCUAACUCCAAGCUGUGUAACUCCAUCCUCAUUUCACAUUUUUGGCUUGACAACAAUUAGAAAAAGUCCACACAGACUUCUAAAAAAAUGUGAACAGCCCCUUAACUCUCAUCCAUUUUUCUCAUUGCGAUCUGCACGUCAUCAAAGUCCAAAGAGUCCAUCUCGGCAAUGUCCCCUACAUUGCAUUAACAAACUGUGGCGCAGAUGGCAGUGGUUACCAUGGCAAUGAACAAACUCCUUGAACUGGUGUUGACCUGCCAGAUCUUUGGACAGUAGACUGUCAUCAGCAAAUGACUGCAGUGCUACACUACACCCAGCACCACCACCCUCAAAGGAAAAAAAAACAGCAGAACACACAAAGAACCCGAUUAUCGAUGACCUUAUGACACAAUAACGUUCCGAGAGCACCCCAGCCCUCCGUGUGCCAUAGGAAUGUACUGGGAUGUACAUAAAUAUACCGUAUGGCAUAUAUUGUAUGAGCUGACAAAGACGUGUAUCGAGUGAAAAAUUGUAAAGGCCCACUCAUGCAGAUACAAUUCAACCCUACCCCUAUCAUCAAAUUGCGCCACUGAGUACUGUGAAUUACAUGUUAUCAUUAUUGUGAAUAGUAAUGUAUUUAUUUACCUGACUGCGGUCAAAUUCAGAAUAGCCAAUGUCAUCAUCCAUCUCAGGUUGAGGUGAAUUGAGAGCACGCCAAGCAACAGCUGCAAUGUAUGUCAACAACAGUAAACACAAUGGGAACGUCUAGCAGACGAGCAGUACAAGAACAACCUGAUUUGGAUUUUUUACAUUUUUUUUUUUUUUUUUGCAAGAAUUAAAUUGUCAUGUUCCAAAAAUGUUGUGGGGUUUUCUAACUUCAUAACCAUCAUGUUUGGAAUUUGUAUCUCAUGACAUUUUAGGCUGAAAACUUGAGCAUUUUAAUACAGUAUUUCCACCAUGACACUAUCCUUUUUGGAAAGAGAUAUUUUAUGGAAUAGUUUUAGUUGCCAAUACAGUUUUCUACAUUGC